AUGGCCGAUAACGACGACGAGGCGCGUCGUAAGCUCGAGAAGCCCCAGUGCUCCGCCGAGGCCGUCGUCGAGUUCGUCCGCGCCAGCUUCGUGCUCCCGUGCGGCGGCGAGGUUGACGCGUCCAGCGCGAAGGAGCUCAACUCGUACGACGAUCGUAACUUCCACGUCCGCGCCACGUCUGGUGCGCAGUACACGCUCAAGGUUCACAACGGCGUGGAGUCGCAGAACCAGCCGCUGCUCGACGCGCAGUCGGCGAUGAUGCGGCACCUCACCGCGCGCGGGGUGAAGUGCCCGUGCCCGGUGGUUGGCGUCGACGGCCACGACAUCGCGAGGAUGAACCUACCGCUUCGUCAGGGCGCGAGGGACGCGCGCAGGGACCACGCGGUGCGCGUGCUGACGUGGGUGGACGGAAGCAUCGCGGACGACUGCAGGGACGCGCACACGCCGGCGUUCAUGCGCGAGCUCGGCGCCUUCCUCGGGAGGAUGGUACGGGCGCUCGAGUCCUUCUCACACCCGGGCGCGGAGCGAUGGCAUCAGUGGGACAACGCCAACGCGCUGACGGUGAGGAAGUUCAUGGACGCCGUGGAAGACCCGGCGAGGCGAGCGAUCGCCGAGGGCGUGCUCGACGAUUUCGAGGCCAAGGUGAGCCCGGUGGCGGGCUCGCUUCGAAGGGGCGCCACGCACAACGACGCGAACGAGCAAAACGUCAUCGUGCGUUUGGAAACCUCCGGCGAAUGCGCCGGACCGUUCAGGGCGACGCCCGUCGGCAUCAUCGACUUCGGCGACAUCAACGUCUCGUGGCGCGUCAACGACGUCGCCAUCACGUGCGCGUAUUACAUGCUGAACAAGAGGGACCCCGUCGGCGACGCGGCGCAGUGUCUGGCGGGAUUCGAAUCGGAGUUUCCGCUCACCGACGUGGAACGGUCGAUCGUUCCCACGCUCAUGGCCGCGAGGCUCGUCGUGUCGUGCGUGCUCGGCGCGUACAGUGCCGCGCGGGACCCGGCGAACAAGGAGUACCUACUCACGACGCAGAAGCCCGGGUGGGAGGUGCUCGGGGCGCUGAGAGCCGCGGGGGACGAGGAGAUCUUACGGCGCUUCGCCGCGGCUAGGAGCAAACAGUAA